AUGGAUUCGGCAUACGACCACAUUCAAGAAGAGAGCUACCCUCAGGACCAGUCCAGUCAGCAAGGGAGCGGGGACAGAACCCACGAGGAGACGGCCAACAACUUCAAUGCUGAGAUACAAGAUGCUUACAAGGCCAUAUCCAGCAGUCCUUGGGCGGCAAGGCUGGGUGGAUUUUUCGGCACAGUAAAGAAGCAGGGCGAGCAAUACUACGACACCGCCAGCAAGCAAUACGCCGAGACGAGCAAGACAGCCACGGCCGGUGUCUCCACUCUGGUGAAGCAUGCGCGAAAUCUCUCAGUUCAGGCUGGCGAGACCAUCAACACCGAGAAGAAGACGGAAGAUCCGGAAGCACACCCCGACCGCCCCGAGUCGCUCCCCGCAGACAUAGUCAAAGAAGCAAGGAACGUGCUGUCACGAUUUCGAUCUGACGCAGCAAAGCGCCUCAAGGAGAUUGAAAAGGCAGAGGAUGCGGCCGACGAGGCACUGCUCAAGUUCGGCACCAACAUCCGUAGCUUUCUGGCCGAUGCCGUCUCUAUUGCCCCUCCCGUAUCAGGCUCGCAGGAAGAGAAAGACGGUACUGUUCUCUUCGAGUCCAAGGAUAGCAGUGGCAAGAAGGUCGUGCAUGCCACACGCUUCGAUGCACAGCUGCACGUCAUACACUCGAGCCUGGAUUCCUUCUUGAAGGACCCUGCGAGCGACGAGUGGGAGAAGUGGAGGAAGGACUUUGACGUGGAGAAGAAGACCGAUGCUAUCGCAAAGGAUCUGGAGAAGCAUACGGAGUUGAGGACUGCCAUGGAGAAGUGCGUGCCGGAGAAGGUAGACUAUGCGAGUUUCUGGGAACGAUACUACUUCCUUAGACACGUUAUUGAAAGUGAGGAGCAGCGUCGAAGGGACAUGUUGAAGGCAUCAAACCCCGCCGACGACGAAGAAGUGGCCUGGGACGAAGACUCGGACGAAGAGGAGGAAGAAGACGACGACGCCGAAGAUGCCGAAGACGCCGAAGAAGAGGACGAGGAUGAAGAAGAAGAAGAGUCGGACGAUGAAGAGGAGGACUCCGACGAAGAAGAAGAGUCUUCCGGCGCUCCUUCAAACAAGUCCGCCACCAACCUCGCCGCCUCUGUCAAAACCCUCAAGCCCCCAGCCGAAGACAAACCAAAGCCAGUCGCAAAUCUCAAGCCCGCACAGCCUCGCCGAUCAAAUGAUGAGAAGAGUGUGGCCGACAGCGACGCGAGCUACGAUCUCGUGAGCGGCGCCACAAGCCGUGCGCCAGGCAGCCCACAGCAGGAGAAGAAGAAGGCGGGUUAG